AUGACUUAUUCCGGCGUGGACGGCGAUUACGAUGGAUGUCUCGAAAACGUGAAUCCCGAAGUUUUCGGAAUGGAUUUGAAAGCUGUCAAGCCUUUAUACAUUGUCACUAAACGAUCCGACGGAGAACGAAUUUACCUCUGCGACUUCUGCGGUUACGAGACUCGUUAUAAGAACGUGGUCACGGAUCACGUGAGGAAGCACACGGGCGAGAGGCCAUUCGUCUGUCCGUACUGCGACUUCAGAUGCUCUCAGAAACCCAACUGGAGGAGGCACAUAAGACGCAUCCACGUCGGAAAACCCUACUAUCUCAACGACCCUUCAUCACUGCCAAGAGAACGAGUUCCGCGAAUCGACUUCAACUGCUCAAUGUGCGACUACAGCUCGUCGGUGCCUGGAGCUGAGCUGGUCCACAUGUCGAUUCAUCUGAACGACACGAUCUGA